GUUAGGCAAUGCCGGGGUCUAAACAAGCAAGAAGGUGGAAGAUGUUUAUAUGUUGUUCAAGCAAAAAUAUAAAGAAACCUUUGAAGAUAAGAAGAGGAAGUAGGGUAGAAGAGGAAAAAGAUGAGAUAUUUACCAAGGAUAACCCUAAGAACCUAAUCUCUACGUCUUACUCCAAAUCUGUGCCCAGGAAGCACCUGACCAUUACUACUGGUCCUUCUUCGAAGCAGGGUGGGACUGAGGAGAGCUUAUUUUUGCAAUCUCAGAAAACUCAUUUUCAGAUUGCUAAGCCUAAAUUUCAGAAAAUUGAAGAGAGCAAAGAAGAUGCACAGGUUAAAAAUAGGUCCACUCUUCCACCAUUAUGUAGGAAACCUAAAAUCAAGAAAAAGCGUAAACUGAGUGUCAAAUUAUCUAAAAGUUCUUCUUCAAGAAGAAUAUCAAAUUUUAAAAAUUCUGAGUCAUUCCAAACGGUUCAGCACAAUUUAAAUGAUAUGAUGACUAUGAACGGAGAUGUUACCAAGAAGGAUCUUCCUAAACGUCGAUCCCUAAAGUACUCAAACAGUAUGAACAACUCUGAUCAUGACUUCCAUGAAUUUGAGGAGUCUAAAAGCGAGACUCAUAGGAAAAGUUUGAGGAAGAAAUGCAAAAAACAUAUAAACGAUACUACUAAAGCAGUCACCUAUAAAUCCCUUCUGCAUUGCAUCCAGCCACAGAGGGGUAAUAUCGAAGCAACUGUUGCUAAAGCAGUCGAGAAUAAAGGCGAAAUCAAAAUUGGGUCUAAAAAGAUCUCAGAGAGAAAACCUAAACCAAGAACUACUAGGAAGAGAACUCAUCGAAAUGGCUUGAAGGUACUGAAAUCUGCCAGUAAUAUUCAAGUUUCACUGCCUUCUAUUAAGUCACUUGCGAAGAAGAAGUCCCCAAAAUAUGAUCCUGAGAAUAUAGAGGCUCCUUCGAUGGAGCAGGAGCCAUCUUUCUUGCAGAAAGAUAUCAACACUGAUAGUGCAAAUAUUCCUCCCGAGAUCGAUCUGAGUGAAAUCAGAGACAACAGAGAUCAAAGUGAGAUGGUAGACCAUCUUAGAGACAUCAGCUUUUUGAACGUAAUGGAUUCCAAUAUUGCUCCUUCAGGACAGUUUCUGGGUAAAAAGCCUUCAAAGAUCUCUGGAGAUCAGAAGAAAUACAUGGAUCGAAUUCUUAAUAAGAGAAGAGAGAUCAAUGCAUCAAUUAUAAAUAAAAACGUUAAGAACAUCAUUGAUACAACAAAGAAGUCUAAAGAACCCAAGCCCAUUCAUAACCCCCAAAGCCAGCAAGACUCUAUACUUCUAUCUCCAGGACAAAUUUAUUUGGAUGAGCAGAAAGAAUGUGAAGGAAGUAAGGAAAAGCAAGUGCAAGCAAUCCGGAAAGUACUGAACCCUAUCCCCCCUACAGACCUCAGUUUCCAGUCCUCCUCCGCUCACCACCCUCCCAAAGGCCCUAUCCAAGAAGUAGACCCCUUCCUGAUCCGUAAAAAUCGCCAAAACCCCUUCACUGACUGCCAAAGAGGCCCAAAGGUUAUAUAA